AUGAACGUGGCUACCCUAGUUCCUCUCCUCCUCUUGUUUCUCAUUAGUGUUGUGUCGGCCCAGACGGCAUGUACUGUUGACCAGGCCACAGAGCAGACCAAGUUGAACAACGCCAGAAGUGCAUGGCAGAGAAGUGCCAUCAACUACUAUGACUACAUGUGGUAUGAGGAAUACAGCGGUGUUAACUCAGCGGUCUAUCCAUACCGUGUGGUUGUGGAAAUUAGUGCUGUCCAGGCUGUGAAUAAACAAGGACAAAUUGUGACAACAGCCAUGACUGUCCCCCAGAUCUUAGAUCAGAUCCAGAGUUACCUAUCCGAUUCCACCUUGAGGGUGUAUGCCACAUAUGAUGCCAACUAUGGAUACCCCACCAUGUACCAAUACAUGAACUCUGCUUGCGGCAAUGCUAGCACUCGCCGCAUCAACAACUUUGACAUCAACUCAGGAAACAGGCUUUCGGCAUACAAUACCAACAAGGCUCUCUGGCAGAGAAAACGCUGGUACAACUAUGACUACAGCUAUAAAGACUAUGUGAACUACCAGGAUGCAGCUUGGCCAUUGGUCGUCCAGAUUCGCAACACUCAAUAUGCCAGUGCCCAGGACCACAACAACAACCAAGUCCUUUGGUCUGGCUAUGCUGCCAUGACCAUUGACCAGUACUUUGACAUGAUCAAGCGACAGAUUGAUGCUAAUGUACCCUAUCUGGAAGUCAAUUAUGCACCUACUGAUGGAUAUCCCACAGAGAUUUUCUUUAUUCAAAGUGGAAGUUCCACAAUCUGGUAUUAUGAGAUUUACACCUGCUAUGCUGUCUAA